AUGGAAUAUAGAUGUUAAGAACAAAAAGAAUUCAAUAAAAAUACCAGUCAUAUUAAUUGGUGUAUUUUAAUCUGUCACUUAUCAAAAUGGUCUUUUUUAUUUAAAUAUAAUAUAUUUAAGUUUAAAAUAUAUUUACUUAUAUUUUUUAAGUUAUUUGAUUGUUGUUAGGAUAUGAAUUGUGCAUUUUACCAAAUUUUAAUGAUGAUGUAAAUGAAAAAAUCUACUUUUUAAAGUGUCUAAUGGUAUUUUUAUUAAUUGAUUCAAGUUGGAAAUACCUGAUGGAAAAUUGA